CGGUCUGCUUACUGUAUCUGUAAUAGAAGGGUGGUAACGAUUGGACUGCACAUCUGUGUUGGACAACUGGCCUUCGCGUUCGGAUUUUUCCGAGAUCUAGCGGAUAAAUAAGAUAACUACUCAGUCAUGGCGGAAGCCCACCAGGCUGUGGCCUUCCAGUUCACCAUCACACCGGAGGGGGUGGACCUGCAGCUGUCCUACCAAGCACUCUCACACAUCUACCGGUCUGGCUUGCGCUCCUGGAAGAAGAGAAUCAGCCGCAUGAGAAAUAGUGUGAUAAAGGGUGUCUAUCCUGCCAGCCCCUCCUCCUGGCUGUUUGUUGUCAUAGCGAUCCUGAGCACCUUAUACAUGCAGUCGGACCCCUCCAUGGGUCUUAUCGCUAAGAUCCAGGAGCACCUGCCGCUCAGUCUGUCUCUAAGCUCUCAGGGCCAGACCAUGGUGUCUGCGUUGCUCUUCAGCACCCUGCUGUGGCUCUCGCUGAUCCUGACGCUGCGCUUCUGCCUCAAGCUGCUGCUCUCCUACCACCGCUGGAUGUUUGAGCAGCACGGCCGCAUCUCCACUGCCACCAAAGUCUGGGUGCCUCUGGUCAGGCUCCUAUCAGGAAGGAAACCGCUACUGUACAGCUAUCAGACGUCUCUCCCACACCUGCCUGUCCCACCCAUCAAAGACACACUGCAGCGGUACCUUCUGUCUGUGCGUCCACUUGUCAGUGAUGAAGAGUUUGAGCGUUUGACCAAGCUGGGUGCUGAGUUUGAGAGGAAUCUUGGAAACAGACUGCAGCGUUACCUCAAGCUCAAAGCCCUCUGGGCCACCAACUAUGUGAGUGACUGGUGGGAGGAGUAUAUUUACCUCCGGGGCCGAAACUCCAUCAUGGUUAACAGCAAUUACUAUGGCAUGGACUUCUUGUAUGUAACGCCCACACCACUCCAGGCGGCCCGGGCAGGAAACACCAUCACCGCGCUGCUGCUCUACCGCCGCAAGGUCAACCGGGAGGAGCUGAAACCUAGUCGAGUCCCUGGCACUGUUAUCCCUUUAUGUGCUGCUCAGUGUGAACGAAUGUUUAACACCACACGAUUACCAGGAGAGGAGACAGAUGUCCUGCAGCACUGGCAUGACAGUGAGUUUGUGGCAGUGUACCACAAAGGGCGCUACUUCAGGCUGUGGGUGUACCGCGCAGGGCGGCUGCUGUCCCCCCGGGAGAUCCAGUUCCAGAUCCAGCGCAUUCUGGAUGACCCGUCGCCACCGCUCCCCGGAGAAGAGAAGCUCGGUGCCCUGACAGCUGGAGACCGGGUGCCGUGGGCUCAUGUCCGGAAGCAAUACUUCAGCUCUGGCGUGAACAAGCGCUCACUGGACUGCAUCGACAAGGCUGCCUUCUUCGUCACGCUGGACGACCAGGAGGAGGGAAUGAUGGGCGAUGACCCCGAGGGCAACCUUGACCGCUACGCAAAGUCCCUUCUACAUGGGAAAUGCUACGACAGAUGGUUUGACAAGUCCUUCUCAGUGGUGGUCUAUAAGAAUGGGAAGAAUGGCUUGAAUGCGGAACACUCCUGGGCAGAUGCUCCCACUGUGGCUCAUCUCUGGGAGUUCGCCCUGGCAACGGAUGCCUUUCAGCUUGGUUACACCACCGAUGGAAAUUGCAGAGGAGAAGUGGAACGAUCUCUGCCCCCCCCUCAGAGACUGAGCUGGGAAAUUCCAGCAGAGGUGCAACAGCAGGAGAUGGCCUCUUUGACUGUGGCACAGACCUUGGCUGAUGACGUUGACUGCCAUGUUUUCCCCUUCCGGGACUUUGGGAAAGGCCGGAUAAAGAAGCUCAAGAUGAGUCCUGAUGGUUUCAUUCAACUUGCUCUGCAGCUGGCCUACUACCGGAAUAGAGGCGGGUUUUGCCUGACUUACGAGGCCUCGAUGACACGGCUCUUCCGUGAAGGGCGUACGGAGACGGUGCGCUCAUGCUCCAAUGAGAGCUGUGCCUUUGUGCGGGCUCUGGAGGCAGGAGAGUCACCAGAGCAUUGCAAGAAGCUUUUCCGAUUGGCUGUUGAGAGGCACCAGAACUUGUACCGAUUGGCCAUGACCGGCUCUGGUAUCGACCGCCACCUUUUCUGUCUGUACGUUGUCUCCAAAUACCUAGGAGUGGAGUCUCCUUUCCUCAAAGAAGUGCUUUCAGAGCCGUGGCGCCUGUCCACCUCUCAGACUCCUGUCCAGCAGAUGGAGUUGUUUGAUCUGGUGAACCAUCCCGAGUACAUCUCCUUGGGAGGGGGCUUUGGGCCUGUAGCGGACGAUGGCUAUGGCGUGUCCUACAUCAUCGUGGGAGACAACAUGAUCAACUUCCAUGUCUCCUGCAAGCACUCCUGUUCGGAGACGGAUUCCCAUAAAUUCGGGGUGCACAUUGCUCAGGCUCUUCGUGACCUCAUGUCCGUGUUCAGCACAGAACCCAAGGGAACAGCAGAGGUAUCCAGGGAAGCCAAGAAGCACAUGUGAAUGCCAGUACAGACCAAAGCUGAUGGAGGGAGCUACUGAAACUGGACAGUUACCGUUUUGCACUAGCUCACUGCUUGGUUGAAAUGCCUCAUCACUGCAGAGUAGCUCGAGAGGGUGCCGGCCUUCCUGUGUGUCCUUAUAUAUCCACCAGACCAGGUUUUGAAAAUGACAUAGAAAGGGAGAGCAGGAGAAAGGAGGAGGUGAAGAAAUAAGCACGUAAUCAAUGCAGUUUUUUUAUACGAUUUAUUUGGUAUUCUCAAUGUGUUUGUUGGUGUUUAUGUGGUGUACAGGUGCAUUACCUUAAUAGCACAGUUGGACAGAUUACAAAGUAUAAGCUUAAGUAACCCAAAUAAGUGCAUUAGUAAAGUUAGUUGUCCUGUUUUCAUUUUAAUCUGUACUCCAGAGGCCUUAGGGUUUCACUCAGCAGUUAUCUAGCCAUGACAGAAAUUUUGGUUUGUGAAAUACCACCAUGGUUUCGGAUUCAGAUCACCAACCUUUCCAGUGUCUGCCUGCACAGACUGUUAGGUGGAGAGCAUGUUCUACACCACCAGUCUGGAAGUAGUUUUCAGAAGACAUGCAGCAAACCAUAUCUGAAUGUAUGAGGGAACCUUUCCAUCCUCUCAUCUUGAGCAGAAAUGUCAAAUGUCACAUGGGGCUGACACAGUGAAGUUAUUUGUGUUAGUUUCCAUUAACUUCCUU